CAUCGUUUCACGUCGUGCUUCGGUUCUCGUCUUGCUCCGCGGGUCUUCGAUUCUCCGUCGUCUCUCGGUUAGGAAGUUUCCCGGACCAAAAUGGCGGACGUGCUGGACCUACAUGAGGCGGGCGGGGAGGACUUCGCUAUGGACGAGGAUGGUGACGAAAGCAUUCACAAGCUGAAGGAGAAAGCCAAAAAGAGGAAAGGCAGAGGCUUCGGUUCCGUCCAGGGUUAUACGCUAGUGGAAUACGAGACGUACAAAGAGGCCCAGGCGGCGAUGGAGGGUCUCAAUGGGCAGGACCUCAUGGGGCAGCCCAUCAGCGUAGACUGGUGCUUUGUCAGGGGGCCUCCGAAAGGAAAGCGCAGGGGCGGCCGUAGGAGGAGCCGGAGUCCUGACAGGAGAAGGCGCUGAGGAGAAACCAUCACCGCCACCACCUCCUCUUUUGCCGGUUCACAGUAUAAGUCCUUGGUGAACCUGAGGGAGGCACCCGUGUGUCCUGGCAGGCCCGUGUGCCAGAAUCUGUCUCUGUCCCUGCGGCCAGGGUUCAUUUUUUAAUUAUGCUGUGUGCCCCCUAUUGAGUGGGGUUUUUUUUAAUUUGUACCUGUCUCGAAAUACAUGAGACUUCCCUUAUUGAAUUCCUUGGAAACGCCCUUAUCCCCUCUGUCACAACAGAGAUCGUUCAGCUGUUCGGUUUGAGAAAGGACUCUCCGAGAGGCCAGCGUCCAAAAUAAAAGGCCGGGUUUUUUUCAAAAAAAGAAUCUCAAACUCUUGUAUUCGUCCUCUUUUUACUUUACAAAAAUGGGCGGAGUGUUUAAAAAAUGUGACCCCUGUUAACUGACAGCCACAAC